UUCAAUUUUCGGUGUGAGGAAAAGCAGAACACAGUGUUCCUCGCUCCUCUGGGGUCCCUGGAGGUGGCGGACGGCGACGGGGAAUGGAAGAAGAAAAGGCUGCGGCUUACUAUGACGAGCUGACCCGGAAGGGCGAAGGAGCUGCGAGGUUCAAGCAAGGUCUGGGUUUCUCGACCGACUCUGAUGCCGUUCCGAAGCCCGGCUCGGCUCUCGCUUCUUCCUCUUCAUUCCUAAGCAAUUUCGUUAGAGCUUCGAGCCCUUCCAAGGCUUCCGAAUUCGAGAAGCAAGCACAGCUCAAAUCCAUUCAAGACAAGCUCAAGAAGAAACCCGCAGAAGAUACCGGACCAUCUAGGGUUUCGGACCGAAGCCACAAGCCAGGGGAUGAUGAUGGACAUUCUACUCGGUGGCGAAGUAGGAGCAGAGAACGGCGUAGGGACAGAGAUAGUAGAGCAUCAGGGAGGCGAAGUCGUAGCAGAGACAAGUAUAGGGAGAGGGACAGAGAGUCGAGGAGGCGGAGUAGGAGCAGAGACAGAUUGAGGGACAGAGAUGCUGAGAGGAGGAGGAGAAGAAGCAGGUCGAGAGGCGAUUCAGAUGAGGAUAGGCGGCAUAGGCGUAGAGGGAGGAGUAGAAGCAUUUCUCCUCGCGAACGAAGACCAGAAAGGAGGAGUAGGAGCUCCUCGCCUCAACAACAGCGGAGGUCUGAGAAGAGUGAUAUUGAUGUUGGGGAUCGAAGAGAAGCCAGUAAAAUUAGUAAGGAAAAGAAUGCUGGGCCUGAUUAUGCUCGGUUGAUUCGAGGAUACGACAAGAUGUCACCUGCUGAAAGAAUCAAGGCCAAGAUGAAGCUGCAGCUUUCUGAAACUGCUGAAAACGACUCUGAAAAAGGUGUUGGCUGGGAAAGAUUUGAGUUCAACAAGGAUGCCCCUGUUGACGAUGAAGAAAUUGAAGUUGCUGAAGAUGAUGCAUCCUUAGUCAAGCACAUUGGACAGAGUUUCCGGUUUUCUGCAGUUGAGGCAAGAAGGGAGGAGCAAAUUAAAGCUGCUCAUGAGGAAGCAAUGUUUGGUUCAUCAGCAUUUCCACCUUCCAUCAUUUCAGACAGUGAGCCUGAAAGGGAAAACAAUGAGAAGGAGGAUAAUCGAAAGGACCUUGUUCCAAGCCUCUUGAGUGAAUCCGUUCUGACUAAGCAAAAAGGGUCCUGGCGUGACCGGGUUCGGCCACGAGAGGCAUAGAAGUUGGAUCUGGUAGUUGAUUUUGCUUAUAGAAAAGCUUACAGGAGCCCAAAACUCACACAUACUGCAGAGCAUAAUCUUUUUAUUUCUCGGCUGAAAAUAUUAGGCAUUCCGGUUUUUGUUUUUUUUUUUUUUUGGGGGUUUAAAAUUGCUUGGGUAUGAGGCGUGGGAUUUAAUCAUGUAUACGGUUUGAUACUUAUCAGAAGCGAAAUUUCCUGAACAUUAAGUGCCGUUAUUCUGAAGCAAGAGCGCUAGAUCCUUUUCUCACUUGAUUCAUGUUCUUGGAUAGCACAUCACCCUAGUGUUCUUGGAGCUGAAAUUGAUGGGAAAUCUUGCGAAGUGGAAGCUUGAUAAUGUCAGUCCUAACCAUUGAUGCAUUUCUCAGGCCCCCAAAAAAAGUCCUUAUACAUGUGCAAAUAUGUGCAAGGGUGGAAUUUGGUUCAAACCAUCUUUGAUAUGAGAAAUUAUCUUUGGGAAGUGAAAGAGAAGAUAUAUGUAUAGUUCAUUUGUGUUCGUUUAGCUUUCUUAAAUUCCUGUUAAAUGGAAUUUGUUUCCUGGACGUCUCUGGCAGUUGCUAGCUUGUAUGUCAAUUUUUGGUUUUUUAA